AGAGAGAGAGAGAGAGAGAGAGAGAGAGAGAGAGAGAGAGAGAGAGAGAGAAGGAGAGAGAGAGAGAGAGAGAGAGAGAGAGAGAGAGAGAGAGAGAGAGAGAGAGAGAGAGAGAGAGAGAGAGAGAGAGACCUACUGGAGAUGUAAGUCGCUGCUGAAGAUUCGCAACAACAAGCAAGUGCUUUAGCGCACAACCCCCUCCCACUGCGCUCGCUCAGAAAAAAAGAAAAAAAAGGGGGGAAAAAAUGUUUUCUUUUGCCUGAGAUACACAGUGAUGUGAGUAUCUGUGUGCUGUUGGAAACAGAGCUCUGAGACUGCUUAAAACAGAAAGAAUAGCGAAAACAAGAAUUCCUCGCGUGCUUGCAGGAGUCGGACGCAUAAGAGAUCACACGGGAUUUCUUCAAACAGCGUCUCCAAUAGCUGCAGUCAUGGAGUCCCCAGAUGAUUCCACCGGCUUUGCUGAUCUCAGACACUUCCCAGACACUCAUCUGUACAAUGAGUCCCUGUUCAAGAACAACUACAGCGCCUUCAACGAGACUGACAACUUCUUCCCAAGGGGCGUCAAGAUCACUAUAGCAGUGGUCUACAUGAUCGUCUGCGUGGUGGGGCUGGUGGGAAACUGCUUGGUCAUGUACGUCAUCAUCAGAUAUACCAAGAUGAAAACAGCUACCAACAUAUAUAUAUUUAACCUGGCACUGGCUGAUGCGCUGGUUUUGGCUACGCUUCCCUUCCAAGGCACGGAUGUAUUCCUUGGUUUCUGGCCCUUUGGCAAGGCCCUGUGCAAGGCGGUCAUCUCCAUCGACUACUAUAACAUGUUCACCAGUGUGUUCACCUUGACCGUGAUGAGCAUGGAUCGAUACGUGGCCGUGUGCCACCCGGUGAAAGCCCUGGACAUGCGGACGCCCCACAAGGCCAAGGUGGUCAAUAUCUGCGUGUGGGUCUUGGCUUCAGCCAUAGGGGUCCCGGCUAUGGUACUUGGAAAUGUGGAAAAUGACAAUGGCAUCGAGUGCAUCUUGGUUCUCCCAGAUCCUCGCAGUUAUUGGGACCCAGUGUUCGGGACGUGCAUUUUCCUGCUCUCCUUCCUGGUUCCUGUAGCGAUCAUCAGCGUGUGCUACAGCCUCAUGGUGAAGCGCCUCCGUAGCGUCCGAAUCCUAUCAGGGUCCAAGGAGAAGGAUCGCAACCUUCGGCGCAUCACACGCAUGGUUCUAGUGGUAGUUGCGGCCUUCGUUGUGUGUUGGACGCCCAUCCAGAUCAUGGCACUGGCACAGUCGCUGGGCUUCAACUUGGGUAGCGUCCAGACGGUGGUGUUCAUGCACUUCUGCAUCGCCCUGGGCUACGUCAACAGCAGCCUGAACCCCGUCCUCUACGCGUUCCUCGAUGAAAACUUCAAGCGCUGCUUCCGUGAGUUCUGCCACCCUUCACCAUUUAGGCUUGACACGCAGCAGUCAGGCCGCAUGCGUAACAUCGCUCGCGAGGUGGCCUACAACUGCAAGACUGCUGACGGGAACAGUAACCCCGCAUGACUAGGCAUGGAGCUGCCCCUGGUCAGCCCUGAGCCUCAACCCAAUCCAGGGACAGGAAACUCAAACUCUGAGUUGACUCAGAUUACAACACUCUAGCACCACAGUCACCUCCGCCAGGUGGGCGGGGGAAAGGGUUGGGCUAGGAGUGAGGGCGGAGUCAAGUUAAAUGACACGCCCUUUUAGGGACAAAGGGGCUCACUUUACAGUGUCUUAAAUGGUUUUGGAUGUUAUUGUCCACAGUUUUGUUCUUAUCCGAAAAUUAUUACACUUUGUUGUUCAGUGUUGCAGCCUUGUACAUGCUUUUUUUUUGGUGUCUCUUUAUAACAAUCAAUGUUUCUCUUGAAAUUUGAGACUGUAGAAUUUCAUGGCCUUAAACAUACAUCCGAACCUAUGGAUUAAUUGUAUCAGUCCUUUUUGUGGUAUUGCCAAGUGUUGGACUGUACUAUAUACACUAUAGAGAAUAGUGUAUAAACAGUACUAUAGACUGUACUAUGUAUUAUAUUACUAUAUAGAGUUAUGACACUGAAUCUUAAACUACCGAACCUUGUAAAGCCUGAUUGUUAUUGAAAAAAAAAGUUGAUAUUUUUCUUGGUUGGACUGUACAAUAAGCAAAAAUAUUUUAUAUAUGUGUAUGUUUGGUAGCACCGAUUGAAACUUAAAAAAUACUUGUAAAGAAAUGAAAACUUAUUGUAAAACAGCUGCUUUAGUGUUCAAUUAUAAAUGUGCAUAAAAUGAAGUUAAUCAUGUUCGAGGCUUUGCAUUGUUGAAGACGUCAGUCAGCAUUACCUCGAAUGUUUCUAGAAUGUUUCUGUUUAGCUCUGUAUCUUGCUUUGUUAUUAUGUAAUGGAUUCUUCUCGAUGAGACGGACAACAAAGAGCCAGCAUUGUCAUGGGUUUACAUUACAGACCACUGAAUGUGAAAAAAAGACUAUUUAUGCCAAAUUAAAGAUAUUGAAAAAAUAUAUAUAUAUAUAUAUAUUGAAAGUAUCAGUGGAAUAUAGAUAUAUUGUACACCUAAUGCUUAUUCCUGUAAACUUUAUCUUGAUAUUGUGAUUGUUUGUUUACUUGCUGCAUUGAUUGACUGAUCAUCUACCUGUACUUGCAUAUUUAUUGACUGGUGGGACCAUAUUCUGAUGGACUGAAGUUAAAUGCCAGCUAGUGCUAUGGACGUUUACACAGCCUAUAUGGGAAAUCCAUUUCU